AUGCUCCCAGGGGUGGUUUGUUUGAUCCCCGGACGAGGCAAACCAUUGGCCGCGUCGACAGAUUCUGUUUAUGGCCCUCAUCUAACUGGCGCAGACACCGUUAUUGGGUUUGAGCAUGGAGCCUGGCAUCUUGCGCUUGCCGUGGCACGCUUCAAUGCCUGUCUGGUCUGGCGUUCAAUGUUUCCUCCUCUUUGGCGACCAGACACAGUACGGUACCGAUCAUCUGGGGGAGAUAAAAUGUCCAGUGCUGCCACGACUUUCAACGCUAGUGCAACAUAG